AGUUCGAGAACAAAGCGUUCUCUUUCAGCGUGAACUACGCGACCUUCACUGUCACGCACGUCUCAGCGCAUCUCUCAAUGUCCGGUGACACUGCAGCGCACAGGAAAGGCAAAGUCAGCGCGCCCACUAUCGAAUGCAGUCUGCGGCUGCCGCUGCCUGACGCUGCCUCCGCAAGUGUGCUGUGGAAGGUGCUCAAGACAGACCCCGUCAUCACCGGCACAGUGAAGCAGGUGUACUGGUGGAGCGAAGACGCGUCGCAGCGUACCGUUUCCGUGACGAUUCAAGCAUCUUCGAAGCGUGAUUUGCGCUCGGCGGUUGGCUCGGUGUUGGAACAGGCGAAGCUGGUGGUGCGCACGCUGCGCGUUUACCCGCCCUCCGCUGUCACGAGCACGUCACCGACCACCGUGUAG